CCAACCGUCCGAUUCUCCAACUGGAUCAUCAUCUCCGCCGUUCAUUCUUUCCCCCAACCUGGCCUUCUUUCUUAUAUACGAAGCCCUCUCUACUCCUCCGUUCGCCGGCUCCUUCGCUCCUCCCCGAUCGAUCUCGAGAAUCAGCGAGAAACUAGCCAUGAAGCGUGGAGUCAGCAGCGGAGGAGGGCAGAGUUCUCUGAGUUACCUUUUCGGGGCUGAUGAAGCUCCCAAACCAGCUGCUCCGAAGCCAGCUGCUACCCCUACUGUGGUUGCUGAGAAGCCUGCUCCUACCCCUACUGUGAUUGCUGAGAAGCCUGCUCCUAACCCAAACCCAGCUGCAGCGGCUACAGCUGAUAAAUACAAACAAAUUCCAGCAGGCAUUCAAGGUCACACCACUAACAAUUACUUCCGGGCGGAUGGUCAGAACACCGGCAACUUUAUCACAGACCGUCCUUCAACCAAGGUGCACGCAGCGCCUGGUGGUGGCUCAUCCCUCGACUACCUGUUUGGUGGUGCCGGCAAGUGACAAUAUACUUACUGUACCAGAAAAAUGUUACUGAUGUGUGUGAGGAAUUUGUAGCUUCUGAAUCAUGUUCAAUGAUGUAUGAUAUUAUCCUGGUAAGGUGUUUGUUUGACCAUGAGCUCCUUUACUAGAGAAUUAUUCAGCUUUCAUUUGGUAAUCUUCAUGUUUCCUGAUUAACUUUGCA